AUUCAGCUGUACAAUGUUGGCAGCCGUGUGUUCUUUUGACAUAAUAAAUUUUAUGUAACCGGGCGUUCUGUGAAAAUUUUUCUUUUUCCUGCAUAAUUUUUGCUGCCACAACCGGGAAAAGUAUCAAAAAUCAAUCAUGCCGGAAGCACAACCAAAGGGGAAGUGUAUUGAAUUGAAACCACUGACGAAAUACAACGUUUGCUACUACUAUGCGCCCCUUUCGAGCAUGAUCACCUAUGCGGGGCUCUCGGUAAAUGUUAUGAAUCCAUCUUUCGUGUACAAAUUCCACCCUAACCGGGAUGUUACCAACUACCUCCUGUAUUGGACUCUCUUUGGAAGUGGCCUCUACAUCUACGGGCGUCCGCACUUGCGAGCUCUGCCCCCUAAAACGCGUGCGUCUUACAGCAUUGUUGGGAGCGUUCUGUUCAGCAUGGGUUCACUCCUUGUGUGGGCUUUUAUUCGUACAGUUGUCCCGAAAAAUAAUGCUCUGCACACAAUCCUAGGAUUAGGUUCAAGCUUUGUGAUUGCACGCCUCAGCUAUGAUUACUUAGAUUAUGUGGAUAGUCUUGUUCCAGCCAAGUAAAAUGUAAUAAUCCUUUAUUAAUUUCCAUCAAAUUGUACUUCAUCACUUCUUUAAGCCCCUCUACAGUGAACUCAUUAUGUCAAGAAAAACUCCCCCAAAAAAAAAGUCAUAAUUCCUCUCAUAAAAUCUAAUUAUUGAAGAGGAAUAUUUUAAAUUUCCAAAAUGUAGUUGAGAAGAGAAAAAAAUAAAUGUGGUAAAAUUGUAAAUAA